UACUCUGCGACGAGCAGAAAGAGUAAACGUAAUAAAGAGAAGGGAGAAAGUGACGUUGGUAUAUAAGCACUUGGCCAUGACUUUGAAAGCAUCAAAGUGAUCGUGGCGAGUUAACACGACAGGUUGCUGAGGAUUCGCUCUGGUGUGGAAAUCAUGAGAACUCUAGUAUUCGCCGCUUUAAUUACCUUGGUAUGUGCCUCCUACGAAGAGGAUCAUGGCAGUUCCACCUAUCAUGAGACAUCGAAACCCGUGGAAAUCCCCAUUUACAAAAAAUACGCUAUACCAAUUCCACAUCCAGUUCCAGUUCCAAUUCCGCAACAAAUUAAAGUCCCUAUUCCGCAACCGUAUCAAGUCGAAGUUCCAGUGCCGCAUCCAGUGCCAGUAGAAGUAGUCAAGCACGUUGAAAUUCCAGUAGAAAAACCUGAGCCCUAUGUAAUAGAAAAAAAGGUACCGUACGUUGUUGAGAGGCCAUAUCCAGUGACAGUUGAAAAGCACUUCCCGGUGCCUGUUCCGAAACCAUACCCGGUCCACGUACCUGUCUACAAACACGUAUUCCAUCAUCAAAGCAAGGGACACGGUUGGAAGCACUGAUCUUGAGAGUCGUUUUUUCAAAGUUCAAACAAUUAGGAAAAAAAAUAUAUAUACGUAUUUAUAUAUGCACACCAAAUCGAAAAUUUUAGUUUCUUGACAUUAUGACACUUGUACAUAGCUCACUGUUAUUGUAAUUAAACUAUUUUUGUACUGUUUAAAUAAAUUGUUUUUGUUUUCGUAAUAUCGUUAUAAUCGUUCCUCUCCCUUCGAUAGAACAUCGAUUCAUCGGUGCAAUUGGAAAGUUUCGAAAGCGUGUAGUUUAGACGAAGUAACGUACGGUCGAAGUAACACUGACCACCUAAAUAAAUAACUCUAUACGUUAGCUUUUUCUUGUUUCACAGUAUUUCUCAACCAGGUCGGUAAAGGUAUGACAAUGAUUUUAUCAAUCCGGAGACUACCUCCUAGUCUAGAGAGUUCUUUUAACUUAAUUGCUGCUGAGAUUCUAACAAAAUAAUUACUCUCUGGCCCGAAUUAAGUAAGAAAAAGUAAGUAAAGAUCGACCAUUUUACCACGAUCUCUACCCCGUUGUAAUUUUAUCGGUCUUAACGAUACGAACCUGGCGAGUACUUUCCGCGUUCGAAUCAUUAGUAAUUAACUACCAUGAAUCUAUUCACGAGGCAUUAUGCGUCUUGAACGAUACAUAGUUCGUAAUCACAAAUCAAUCACGAACGUAAUUUACUGUCACUAUGAUGAAAACGGAGACACAUAUAUAUAUACACUCUGUGGAUAAAACCGUAGGAUAUAUUUCAGCCGAACAAACUGUUUUACCUUUUUGCGAAUUUCUGUAGGCAAUACCCGGAGCGAUGCAAUGUGUUACGAGGCUUGCCCUCCGGUUUUCUCGAAUCACAAACCAGCCAAUGACUGGCGACGGUGUGGUAAAUGACGAACGCCAACCUAACGACAG